UCCUUCGUUUGCUUAAACACUUACUCCUCCUUUCUUCUCGAAUAUCCAUGAAAAGCGAGUUACGAGCAAGUUCAUCAAAAGACAUGACUCUAGAUCCUCCAUUUCUUAUGAAUUUUUAUUAUGGAGGUAAAGUUAAUUUUCUGAAUGGAGAAAUCAAGGGAGACAAAUCAACUUCGAGUUUUACAGUUCCAGCUACGCAUGAAAUGGGGUAUGAAGAAUUUGAAAAACUGAUUUAUGAACACUCUGGGAUUGAUGGACGUUUAUUUACGUUGAAGAACACCUUGUAUUUUCAAUACUGUGGCAAAUCUAAGUCUUCGCCUAUUAUGAGUGAAGAGACUUUAAAGCUGAUGUUUUUUCUUGCUAAGAAAGAUCCAAGUUUUUCUGCUCAAGUUCAUGUUGAGAGGGUAGAAAUUCCCUUCUAUGAACUCGCAGAGCUUUGGACAUUAGAUGAAAUCAGGGGAUUUUAUUUGGAAAAUUACCCAUGA